CUAACCCCACCAGCCAAGAACACAGCAAUACACACAAAACCAAACACAGAGAGAAAGAGGGUAUUCAUGGAAGUAUUAUACAGCAUAGUUGUGCUAUUCAGUGCUGUUUUCAUCUCAUAUAACGCGUGGAAAUUCUUGAAGCGGGCUUGGUUUGAGCCGAGAAAGGUCGAACAACGCCUGAGGCAGCAAGGUUUCAGUGGAAACAGCUACAGAUUUAUGGUUGGCGACUCCAAAGAAAUGGCUGCCAUGACUAAAGAAGCUCUCUCCAAGCCUAUCCCUUUCUCCAACGAUAUCGCGCCUCGGGUCAUCCCCUUCAUCCAUCACUCCCUUGUCAAAUACGGGGAAAAUUGCUUCAUGUGGUUUGGCUCAAAUCCUGCAAUAGUCAUCUCCGAUCACCAAAUGAUAAAAGAGAUUAUGUCGAAGAAUUAUGUUUUCCUGAAGACUUCUAGUCCGCUAGAGAAGCUUCUAACACGAGGCCUUGCAACGUACGAAGCAGACAAAUGGGCUAAGCACAGAAGGCUGCUAAAUCCUGCUUUUCAUCUUGAAAAACUGAAGCUGAUGCUUCCCUCGAUGUACUUGAGCUGCGGUGACAUGUUGAGCAAAUUGGACAAGAUGGUACCGAGUGAUGGAGGAUGCGAAGUGGAUGUGUGGACUCAUCUUCAAGCUCUAACGAGUGAUGUGAUCUCGCGCACUGCGUUUGGGAGCAGCUACGAAGAAGGGAGGAAGAUAUUUGAGCUUCAGAAAGAGCAGGGCACGCUCUUGCUGAAGGCGGCUCAAAUGCUUUACUUCCCUGGUUGGAGAUUUUUGCCAACAAAAACUAACAGAAGGAUGGCACAAAUUGCCAAGGAAGUUGACUCAUUAAUUCUAGGCAUCAUCAAUAAAAGAAAGCAAUUGGCAGAAGCAGGGGAAAUAACAGAGUCCACUGACUUGCUAGGACUAAUGUUGGAGUCCAAUUUCAAUGAAAAUGGUGAAAAGAUAGAAAUGAGCUUGAGAGACUUGAUUGAUGAAUGCAAACUCUUCUACAUAGCCGGGCAGGAGUCAACAGCGUCCCUGCUCACGUGGACCAUGAUCCUGCUGAGCAAGCACCCGGACUGGCAGGCCCGUGCCAGAGACGAGGUCAUGCAAGUUCUUGGCACCAACGAGCCGGAUUUCCAUGAGCUGAACCGGCUGCAGAUUGUGACAAUGAUCUUUCACGAGGUUCUGAGAUUGUACCCGGGGGCAGUUUUGCUGAGUCGAACCAUCCGUGAUGAGACGAGGCUAGGGGAUUUAGCCCUGCCCGCGGGCGUGAGCAUCUUCCUAGCUACGCUUCCGCUGCAGCAUGACUGCGAGAUAUGGGGCGAGGACGCGAAUGAGUUUAAUCCGGAGAGGUUUGGCGAAGGCGUCUCCAAGGCGACGAAAGGGAGGCUCGUCUACUUUCCGUUUGGUGGAGGCCCGAGGAUAUGCAUUGGGCAGAACUUUGCUUUGCUAGAAGCUAAAAUGGCGCUGGCCCUCAUCUUGAAACGGUAUUGGUUCGAGCUUUCUCCAUCGUAUGCACACGCCCCGAAUAUGGUACUGUCGCUUCAUCCUCAGCAUGGUGCACCGUUGAUCCUGCACCGGAUCCUUUAGGCCUUGUUGCGUUAUAAUGAUUAUACAUAUAUAUCUUUCUACGUUGUGAAAGAGUGUUUUCUGCUAUGAAAUUUGUCGAUAUCGACUGUGUCUAUUGAAAGAGUGUUUUAUAUA